AUGGAUAUGCACGAUAUGCACGGAAUGACCAUGUCAACGGCCACUUCCACAGCCUCGGCAUCUAUGGCCAGCAGCACCGGAAUGGACAUGGGCGGAAUGCACAUGGGAAAUAGCUGCAAAAUCUCGAUGCUUUGGAACUGGUACACAGUUGACGCAUGCUUCCUCGCCAAAUCAUGGCACAUAAAAUCGCGUGGCAUGUUCGCCGGCUCAUGCAUUGGAGUCAUCUGUCUCGUGUUGAGUCUUGAGCUCCUCCGUCGUCUGGGCCGAGAAUACGACUCGUUUAUAGUGCGUCGAGCCCGUCUUCGAAGACUCUACAUGGCCGGCUCUUCCGCCGCGCAAUCCACCUCCAACGUUCCCCUGCGAAGCGAAGGAAACAUCAAGCCGGCUAGCGACUGCUGCGCCGCCAAUGCAGAGCCAGACUCUACAUUCUCCAGUGCAGAUGACAUCACUCCUGUGCCAGGUUCUCCCCAGAACGGAGAUUCGAAGAAACAGGCUUCUGUAUCUGCUGCUGCGUCUGCUAAUGUCGUGCGGGAUGGAGUCCAGCGCAUUGAGAGACAGGAGGCUAUACUCGCCCCGUAUCGUCCGUCGCUUGUUGAGCAUUCUGUGCGCUCCUUGUUGCACAUGGCGCAAUUUGCUGUUGCUUAUAUUAUUAUGCUGCUUGCUAUGUACUUCAAUGGGUAUAUCAUUAUCUGUAUCUUCAUUGGUGCUUUCCUGGGCGCGUUUAUCUUCUCCUGGGAGCCCGUGGACUUGAAUAAGGAGUCAGAUGCUACGUCUGUCACUAAGUGCUGCGGCUAG